AUGUGUUACAUUUGCCCAACUAAUACUUCACGGAUCCCAAACAAUGCUGCUAAUGGUGAUUUCGUUGAAAGCUUCAAUGGUUUAAAAGCACCACGUCCACAUAUUGGUAAUAGAUUGGCCGUUGGUGAUGAUGGUAAUGGAUUACAACUUGUCGAAACUCCAGAGUUGAGAAUCACAUGUCCACAUCAUUCAGAAACUGAUCAUGAUCGUGCUUGUCUUGCUAGUUUUGCAUAUGAUGAAAAUUCUCAAUAUCCAUUCGCAGAAUAUAUCACUCAUUAUUACCAAUUUCAUGCGUUAUAUAAAGAGAAGCCAUCAUAUAUAUUUCCUUGGGAUGCUCUCCAUGUCGAGACUUUACAAAAACCAAACAGAUAUACUCAUGAUGAUACUAAACAGUUCAAAAAUGAUUACAAUUCAGUUACAGGUUUGGGUUCAUAUGCUGCUGCUUUUGGUAAAAAUCCAUCAUUAAACGUUUAUCGUUACCCUCGUAAAGCUGCUUUAAUCAAUGGUAGAACAUUUGAUUCAUUGGAAUCUUACUCACUUUUGUGUCCAGUUUGUACACCAUCUUAUUUCCCUCAAAAAUAUAAAACUGAACAAUUUUUUGAUGUCCUCAACGGUGAUUAUGAGAAACAUUUAAGAGAACAUCAUGGUAUCUAUACAAAUGGUAAAAAAGCUCCACAACCAUAUAUUGGUGAUACAUUGGUCUUUAGAGAUGAUGGUAAUGGAUUACCAGUUAAUGAAAAACCUGAAUUGUCAGUCACUUGUCCAUAUCAUUUAGAGUCUGAUCAUAGACAAGCAUGUCUUGCAAGUUUUUCAUUUAAUAAGGAUUCACAAGCUCCAUUCGCUGAAUAUUUCACUCAUUUCUAUGAAAGUCAUGUGUUACAUAAGGAAGAACCAUUAAGUACAGCACGUUAUAGAGCAAUGUAUUUUGUCAAUGGUGAUGGUUCUGGUGAAAAAUAUGAUACUAAUUAUUUCAUCCCACUUAACCCAGGUUUACAUAUGAUUGCAUACACAGAUGUAUUAGAAACCAUUGGCCAUAUACAACCAUUUGCUUUACCACCAUGGGAAAUUAUCCGAAACUACAAGAAAAGAAGUACAGAUCCAUCAUAUGUUCAUCCUUUUGUGUCUCAGGACCUUAUGGUUGAGACUUACGAAGAGCUUUUAUCAAUGAGUUUAACUUUACCACCUCAAGAUUCUGAUGUUGAAUCAGAUUCUGAUGAAGAAGAAGUUCCAGAGUGGUGGUAUCAAGGAGGAAUACCUACUAUGGAUGUUGAACAAGAUGAAUACGAGUUUGUUGACACUCCUUUAACAGCUCCCUUAUCACCAAUGUUUCGUCCAAUACGCCCUAUUGAGCGUUCUAGAAUACCAAUGUUUGGUCCUUUAAAUCCAAUGGUUGGUCCUUUUAACCCAAUGGUUGGUCCUCUUAACCCAAUGGCUGGACCUUUCAACCCAAUGGUUGGUCCUUUCAUUCCAAUGCAUGCUCCAAUGCCAAUGCCAGCUCCAAUGUUUGCACCUUUCAACCCAGCUCCAUUGCCAGCUCCAAUGUUUGGACCUUACAACCCAAUGCAAGUACCAGCACCGAUGUUCAACCCAAUGCCAAUGCCUGUUCCUAUGUUCAACCCAAUACCAAUUCCUGUUCCAAUGUUCAACCCAAUGCCAAUGCCAGCUCCAAUUUUUGAACCUUUUAAUAACCCAAUGCCUCCUAUGCAAGGUGAUCCAAACUCUCCAAUAAAUCCACCAGCAGCUGAAAACAUUGUCAAUGAUUCUCCUGUUCAUGCUCCUCUUUCCAAUACAGAUCCAGAAGAAACUGAAAAAUCUGUAAGUGAAGAUGGAGAGGAAGUGUCACCAGAAACGAUAAUGCAUCAAAUCCAGUCGAGACGAAGACAACCACUUGAGGAAGAAGAAUGUUUUUCAGAGGAUAAUGAAUAUUAUGGGGUUGAAAUUCGUAAUCAUAGGAAAGGAAAAGGAAGAAAAAGUCAUAGAAGGUCUAAAAGAAUUGAUAAAAGGUUUAAAUUGAAUUAA